CACUUAUCUUGAAGAUGAUUAUUUUUUGGUAGGAUUAGAUAAGAUUUUGUUCCAAAAAGAGUCACUCAUGACGUAUAUCUUGAGAUUUAAGACAUUUUAGUUAGGAUCAUGAGCAAAUCCAUUUGGUGUCAGAUGAAAAAGAUCUAUUAAAAGAUCUUGCUCCGCAUAAAAUGCAGGAAUCAAAAAGUAUAUAUGUAUGUAUCAAGAUAAAACAGGUUGAGAAUUUUGCAUAGAUAUUGGAAAGAUUUCAAGUUGACAAUGCAUUACAAGUAGUUUAGGACCUGAGCAUUUAAUGAUCUAAGAGGACCUUGGAAGAUUUAUUUGAGGUCAGACAGAUUCUUUUGAACCUCAUCUAACUCAUCAAAUCUAGGCAAAUACCCGCAAAAUUUCCUAAAAUACUGCCUCGUGCUUCUUCAGUUUGGUAUUGUGUUGACUUUUUACCUCAAUCAGGAUAAUGAAGAAGAAAUUUUUUUUAUAGUUUCCUUCAAGAAGACGUGGGAAGAGGAAGCAUACAAUGAGAUUCAUAUCAAGCAAAGCUCUUGAACUACACAUCAUGCAUGACAAAUUGACAAUAAUAAGUGGUUUGUAGACAGACAGAUAUAAUUCCAAUUAUUCUAUUCUAUUUCCAACUACAGAGAUCAGAACAACAGAGAGAAAAGAGCUUGAAGCCGGAAGACGAUGAACUGCGAAAGCAGAUUUGUUAGGCUUAGCAUCAAUGCAGCGUCUAAUAGCGAAGAAAGUAUCGAGAAAUGGAGGCUGCAGAAAGACUCUGUUGCUUGCUUGGCUACUUAGUUGCUGAAAGGGCUGUGCUGCAAAGUUUAAAAAAGUGUCCUGGAAACUGCUUGCAGGCUCUGAAAGCUAUUCCACGGAGUUUGAGAAUGAUGUAUGUACAUAGUUACCAAAGCUAUUUGUGGAACCAUGCAGCAAGUACAAGGGUGCAAAAAUAUGGUAAUGUGAUCUUCAAUAGUUUUCUAGAUCUGCUUGCUUUGUGUGGCAAUUAACUUCUAAUGAACUUACAUCUCCUUACAUCCUUACUUCAUUCAAUACACUCUCCUUACCUUGAAUUAUUAUUAUGGUAGUUGAAGCCAAAAUAUUCAUUUAUUCAGUUGAAUUUGAUUCUACCACGUGCAAGAACUGAACAAGUAGUUUUAGGAGACUUAGUAUAUUGUAAAGAAAAUUCUUCUGGAAAUGUUAGAGAGCACAUUGGACCUGAAUGUGACGAAGACUACAGUGGUGGGCAUGAUUCUAAUAAUGAAGAUGAGGUCUCUACAGAUGUUCAUGAAGAAAUAAAUAGUAAUGUCAAGGUUAGUCUGAUCAUUUUGGCCCGGAAAGCUAAUAUACUCAACCAAUGUUGCUGCUUUAGGAGUAUGUCCUCUUCAUAUGAUGUUUCUUAGAGAGAAGAUGGUCUGGACAUGUGUUGAGAAGAUCUAUAUGGUUUAUAGAAGCACCAAUAAAGAUGGUAGACUA